AUGUUGACGGCAAAACUGUGCACUGCUGCUGCUGUGCUGCACUUAUUCUGCGCUGUGUUGAUGAUUUUCACGGACCCUCGUUCACGAUGGGGCUUUCGGAAUCUCGAGCCUCCUCCUCCGGAUCCGACUCACAUCGCCAUCGGGGCGAUCGGCAUCAAUGCCAAGCUCCAGAGCAAAGUCAUUGCAACUCGAGAGAAGCUUUCUGCAGCCGAUCGACAGGUCGCUGCAGGUUUCGCCGUGCUCGCGUACUUGGCGCAGGAAGCCGCACAAGCUGCGCAGCAGCCGAAGCUGCGCAGCCAAAGCACACCAUCUAGCAUCCCACGCUUGGCUCUCUUGCUCCUUCUUUGGCACGGCGUGCUCUUCUUCAGCUACAUCUCGCCCAUGGCCUUGUUUUGGACAGCCGAGCUGCCCACGCUGGGUCUGCAGGAGUGCCUCUUCGUAGCCAUA